AAAAAAAACUGAACCCUAACGCCUUUUGGUUUCACAAUCAUAGCCCAACGUGAAUCCUCUUCCAUUUCUCUGCAACUGCAUUCUCUUUCCCUUUCCGCCGCAGCGAUUUUCAGAGAUUUAACCUUCUUUGUUCGUAGAUAUGCGCGGUUACUGAUUAGUUGAUGAUAGCUGUCGACAAAUUUCACAUGGAAAGAGAACGAACACGGAAACGCCCUCGUCUUGCAUGGGACGUUGCCCCUCCCUCAGUGUCCGAGGCGCAACGGGCUCUGCCAGUGCCCGGUGACGAAGAAUUCGAAAGAAAGCACGUUUCGCCUCCGAAAAGGGACGACGAUCGAGAGGGCCAUUAUGUCUUCAAUCUUGGCGAAAAUCUCACUCCUAGAUAUAAAAUCCUCAGCAAGAUGGGUGAAGGCACAUUUGGUCGGGUUUUGGAAUGUUGGGACCGCCAAACCAGAGAAUAUGUGGCUAUCAAGGUAGUUAGAAGCAUACGGAAAUACCGGGAUGCAGCGAUGCUUGAGAUUGAUGUGCUUCAACAACUAGCCAAGAAUAAUAGAGGAAGCUCCCGAUGUGUGCAGAUCAGAAAUUGGUUUGAUUACCGAAGCCACGUAUGCAUUGUCUUUGAGAGGCUUGGACCAAGCUUAUUUGAUUUUCUAAAGAGAAAUAAAUACUGCCCAUUCCCUGUGGAUCUUGUUCGGGAAUUUGGACGUCAGCUUUUGGAAUCUGUAGCAUAUAUGCAUGAAUUACGCCUAAUCCACACUGACCUGAAGCCAGAAAAUAUUCUUCUUGUUUCCUCUGAAUAUGUAAAGCUCCCUAGCUAUAAGAGAGUUUCCUCAGAUGAAACACAAUUCAGGUGCUUGCCCAAGUCUAGUGCUAUUAAGCUGAUUGAUUUUGGUAGUACCACAUAUGAUAAUCAGAAUCAUAGCUCCAUUGUUUCUACAAGGCAUUACAGAGCCCCUGAGAUUAUUCUAGGUCUAGGAUGGUCAUAUCCAUGUGAUUUGUGGAGUGUUGGAUGUAUUCUCAUUGAACUAUGCUCGGGGGAAGCAUUGUUUCAGACUCAUGAAAACUUGGAGCACCUGGCAAUGAUGGAAAGAGUUUUGGGAUCUAUCCCAGAGCUCAUGAUUCGCAGGUCUAACAAGGGCGCAGAAAAAUAUUUCAAGCGUGGAUCGCGUCUAAGAUGGCCUGAAGGAGCUGUUUCAAGGGAGAGCAUUAGUGCAGUGAAGAAGCUUGGUCAUCUUAAGGAUAUUGUAUCACGAAAUGUGGACUCUUCAAGGUCCUCCUUGACUGACUUGUUACAUGGCUUAUUAACAUAUGAUCCGACCAAACGCCUUACAGCUUGCCAAGCCCUCGAUCAUAUCUUCUUUAGGAAUCCUACUUAAGAAACCAGAUUUUUGGAAUGACUUCCAUUUUAAAGAUUGUCGGUUGCACAGGUUACAACUUUGAAUGUAUCCAUUUCUUUAUUAUUUAUAGCAGUGGCUCAGUCGCGUUGAAAAUAUAUUUUAAUUUUAUC